AUCGUCAUCAGUAGGAUCUGGGUUUAUUGGAUAUUGCUUGCCUAUGCAUUUCUUCUAACCUUUCCCCCCCAAUUGCACAAAAGCCGGUGUAGCCUCUCCCAAUCUGUGUGCAACUCCCAAACUUGUUUUAAUUGAAAAAGAAAAACAUAACAGAGGGGAGGGGAAAUAAGAACGAGCAGAGAAUUUGAGAGAGCGGGAGGGGAGAAAAGACAGGAAAAUUAAAGAAGGAAGCAAAGAAUGGGUGAAAACUACCUUCCUUCCCAAAAUAUAGUGAGACUUUUUUUCCUUAUCUAUUUCGACAACUCUGUUCCUUCUUAAACUCCUAUAUUCCCAACUGCAUAAAAGCCUAUUUCCCACCGCACAAUUUCCCCCACAGCACAAAAUGUGUCCAGCUGCACCUUAGAAUACAGCAGCACCACAUGGCGCAAGUGAUUGCAAGAGGUCUUGUGCAGUCUAAUAUUCAUCCAGAACUCAAACAGAAACGGCAUGCAUAAUUGCAUGUCAUUUGAACUUGUCUUUUUGCUUUUCUCUUUGUACACUGUAACCCCAACUCUCACAUGAUGGCUAGAAACUUGCAGCCCUAUUCUUGAAACUCAGUGAAACUGAAGUGAAACCAUUGAAGUUCAGCCGGUUCUCGGACAUGAGUGGCAUAGGGGUGGGGAGACAGAUUCUGUUACCUUCAGCUGAAAUCUGAAACAUCACGGUUCAAGGAAAGGAUUUGUAAGGUAUCGGGAUGCCAUUCCAAGUUUGCCCCGCCGGAACCUUGGCCAACUAGAUACUGUGCAGACCGGAGGGGCAAAGUCAGGGACUCCAGACUACGCAUGCGCCUGGAGGCUAGCGAUUGCUGCUGAUGCGGUGGCAGGGCUGAGCGUAGACAGCGUACGCAGAGCGCAAGCAUGGCGGCCUUUUCAGAGAUGGGUGUUAUGCCAGAGAUUGCUCAAGCAGUAGAAGAAAUGGACUGGCUUCUCCCUACAGAUAUUCAAGCAGAGUCGAUUCCAUUGAUUUUGGGAGGUGGUGAUGUUCUCAUGGCUGCAGAAACUGGGAGUGGAAAAACUGGUGCAUUCAGCAUCCCAGUUAUUCAGAUUGUUUAUGAAACUCUGAAGGAUCAACAGGAAGGCAAAAAGGGGAAAACCACUGUAAAAACAGGUGGAGGAGUGCUCAACAAAUGGCAAAUGAAUCCAUAUGACAGAGGAUCUGCAUUUGCUAUUGGAUCUGAUGGUUUUUGUUGCCAAAGCAGAGAGAUAAAGGAAUGGCAUGGAUGCCGAUCAACUAAAGGCGUGACUAAAGGAAAAUAUUAUUAUGAAGUGUCCUGUCAUGACCAGGGGUUGUGCAGAGUUGGAUGGUCCUCUAUGCAAGCUUCGUUAGACUUAGGCACUGACAAAUUUGGCUUUGGCUAUGGUGGAACUGGAAAGAAAUCUCAUAACAAACAGUUUGAUAGCUAUGGAGAGGAAUUCACUAUGCACGACACAAUAGGAUGCUAUAUAGAUGUUGAUAAAGGGCAAAUCAAAUUUUCCAAAAAUGGAAAAGAUCUUGGGCUUGCAUUUGAAAUCCCCCAACACCUAAAGAACCAAGCAAUCUUUGCAGCCUGUGUUCUAAAGAAUGCUGAAUUAAAAUUCAACUUUGGUGAAGAAGAUUUUAAGUUUCCACCCAAAGAUGGCUAUGUUGCUCUUGAUAAGGCUCCUGAGGGCAAUGCUGUGAAAUCGCAGCACGCAGGAAGUGCACAAGUGGCCCAAACAAAGAAUCUGCCAAAUGCACCCAAAGCCUUGAUAGUGGAGCCAUCCAGAGAGCUAGCAGAGCAAACUCUGAACAAUGUGAAACAAUUCAAAAAAAAUGUUGAUAACCCUAAAUUAAGGGAACUCCUAAUUAUUGGUGGUGUUGCUGCAAGAGAGCAACUUUCCGUUUUGGAACAAGGGGUAGACAUUGUUGUGGGGACUCCUGGAAGACUGGACGAUCUUGUGUCAACUGGAAAACUGAAUUUAUCUCAAGUUAGGUUCCUGGUUCUUGAUGAGGCUGACGGCCUCCUCAGCCAAGGUUAUUCAGAUUUCAUAAACAGAAUUCACUCUCAAGUUCCUCAGAUAACUUCAGAUGGAAAGAGGUUACAGGUGAUUGUGUGUUCAGCAACUCUGCAUUCAUUUGAUGUGAAGAAAUUAGCCGAGAAGAUUAUGCACUUCCCCACUUGGGUUGACUUGAAAGGAGAAGAUUCUGUCCCAGAGACUGUGCACCAUGUUGUUGUCCCCGUGAACCCCAAAAAUGAUAAAAUCUGGGAAAGACUUGGUAAAAAUCACAUCCGGACUGAUGAAGUGCAUGCGAAAGACAAUACAAGACCUGGAACUAAUACUGCAGAAAUGUGGUCAGAAGCUAUUAAGAUUUUAAAGGGAGAAUAUGCCAUUCGUGCCAUCAAGGAACACAAGAUGGAUCAGGCGAUUAUCUUCUGUAGAACUAAAAUAGAUUGUGAUAACAUGGAGCAAUACUUCAUGCAGCAAGGAGGAGGCCCAGAUAAGAAAGGGCAUCAGUUUUCGUGUGUCUGCUUGCAUGGUGAUAGAAAACCUCAUGAAAGAAAACAGAAUUUGGAGCGUUUUAAGAAAGGAGAUGUCAGAUUCCUGAUCUGCACUGAUGUAGCUGCUAGAGGAAUUGAUAUAAGUGGUGUUCCUUAUGUUAUCAAUGUCACACUUCCUGAUGAAAAACAGAACUACGUUCAUCGGAUUGGCAGAGUGGGAAGAGCUGAACGAAUGGGUCUGGCUAUUUCCCUUGUGGCAACAGACAAAGAAAAGGUUUGGUAUCAUUCAUGUCCCAGUCGUGGGAAAAGUUGUUAUAAUACAAGGUUAAAAGAUGAGGGUGGCUGCACCAUUUGGUACAAUGAAAUGCAGCUGCUGGGAGAGAUAGAAGAGCACUUGAACUGUACCAUUUCCCAGGUUGAGUCAGACAUUAAAGUCCCAGUGGAUGAUUUUGAUGGCAAGGUCACCUAUGGGCAAAGGAGAGCUGCUGGCGGUGGAUCCUAUAAAGGCCAUGUAGAUAUGUUGGCACCUACAGUACAAGAAUUGGCUGCCCUUGAAAAGGAGGCUCAGACAUCUUUCUUGCAUCUUGGCUACCUUCCUAACCAGCUGUUCAGAACAUUUUGAUUGUGCCUGCAGCAAGAUUUGAGUUUAAAAGCCUCUCUGCUGAAAAUGCUAAAAUUCAUUUACUGUCUUGGAGCAGUACCGUAGUAGUUUAUUUAGUUAAGCACACAAGUCUUGCAUGUUGAGUUAGUCUUUUCGAAAAAUGUAAACCCUAAUAAAUUAGCUAUUAGGAUUGACCUAAAUAAAAAGAACUACUCAAAACUA